GGCUGCCCGGGCCCGGCGCGCUGCGGGGCCGCUACUGCGGCCGCUUUUAAGAGGCGGCGACGGCGGCUGCGGCGCGGCCGGCCGGCCGGGAAGGAUGUUCUUUCUGCGGCCGGAGCGUGGAGGAGGAAGCCGGGUGCGGGGGAGCCGACGCGACGUGCGCUGAGCUGGAGCCGCCGGCGCGGGUGCCUCUGAGACUGAGGCUCAGGCUGCGGCGGGACCGAGCGGAGGAAGCGACGGGCGGCGGCGACCCACUGACUCCGGCCCCGGGGCUGCGGUGCAGGCGAGAUGCCGGGGCCGCCGCUGCCGCUGCUGCUGCUGCUCCUGGUGGCCUCCGGGGCUGGAGCCGCGCCGCUCGGGCCGGCGGCAGGUGCAGGAGAGGUCCCUGCAGUAGAAGUGUCCCCGUUCUCGGUGGUCCUGUCUCUGUGCAGUUUUCUGCUGUUGAUCGCGGCCAUCGCCAACUGUGCUUCCUGCUGUAAGGACCCUGAGAUAGACUUCAAGGAGUUUGAAGAUAAUUUUGAUGACGAAAUAGAUUUCACACCACCCGCAGAAGAUACUCCCUCUGUGCAGUCCCCGGCUGAGGUCUUCACACUCUCAGUACCAAACAUCGCCCUCCCAGCCCCACCUCAGUUCCAGCCUUCUGCAGAAGGCUUGAAGUCUCAGGUUGCCCGACACAGUCUAAACUACAUACAGGAGAUUGGGAGCGGCUGGUUUGGGAAGGUUCUUCUUGGAGAAAUCUACACAGGUAUCAGCGUGGCAAGGGUGAUCGUGAAGGAGCUGAAAGCAAGCGCGAGGCCCAGGGAGCAAGAUGCAUUUCUGAAAAAUGGAGAACCGUACUAUGUUCUUCAGCACCCCAAUGUCCUGCAGUGUGUGGGACAGUGUGUGGAAGCGAUCCCUUAUCUGCUGGUGUUUGAGUUCUGUGAUCUGGGUGACCUGAAGGCUUACCUGCGCAGUGAGCACGACCCGCCACGGGGGCCGGCGCAGACCCUGCUGCUGCAGAGGAUGGCAUGCGAGAUCGCUGCGGGGCUGGCCGCCUUGCACAAGCUGCACUUCCUGCACAGCGAUUUAGCCCUGCGCAACUGCUUCCUCACCUCAGAUCUCAACGUGAAAGUGGGGGAUUAUGGGAUCGGACCCAGCAGGUACAAGGAGGACUAUGUUGAGACCGAUGACAAGAGACUCUUCCCACUUCGUUGGACGGCCCCCGAGCUGGUGACCAGCUUCCAGGACCGACUCUUGACUGCGGAGCAGACCAAGUACAGUAACAUCUGGUCCCUGGGAGUGACUCUCUGGGAAUUGUUCGAAGGUGCGAUGCAGCCUUACUCCGGCCUUUCCGAUGCGGAUGUCCUCAGCCGGGUCAUUCGCCAGAGGGACACCAGGCUCCCAAAGCCGCAGCUGGAGCAGCCAUACUCGGAGAGAUGGUUUGAGGUGCUGCAGUUCUGCUGGCUGCCCCCAGACAAGCGUCCAGCUGCCGAGGACGUGCACCGGCUGCUCACCUACCUGCGGCUGCAGAGCCAGAGGGAAUCAGAGGCAGACUUUGAGCAGCAGUGGGAAGCCCUGAAGCCCAGUGGCAAUGGCCAGGAUGCAGCCAGCAGCGCCGCCUUCCCCAUCCUCGACCCCUUCGCCAGAGACCGGCUUGGGCGGGAGAUGGAGGAGGUGCUGACUGUCACCGAGACCAGCCAGGGCCUGAGCUUUGAGUACGUGUGGGAGGCAGCCAAGCACGACCAUUUCGAUGAACAUGGCCGCAGCGGCCCGGAUGAAGGCCUGUCCUACUCCAGUGUCUUCUUCCCCGGGGAGUCGUUCGAGAGUUCCCUGCCGGGGCCUGGGCCAAGCACGCACGAUGCUGCCGGCCAGGAUGUCCCUCUCCGUGCACCAGGGGUGGUGCCUGUGUUUGAUGCACACAACCUCUCAGUGGGGAGUGACUACUAUAUUCAGCUGGAGGAGAAAAGUGGGGCCCACACUGAGCUUGACUACCCUCCUACGCUGCUCACCACCGACAUGGACCCUCCAGCGAGGGGGCCUGAUGGUGCCGCCCCAUUCGUGACACUCCAGGACCUGGACCUGGAGGAGUCCAGCACAGACGAGGACUUCUUCCCUGCCAGCACUGACCCCAAAGAUGCAGACCCCCCUCUUGGGGACGCACCUGCCCCUGAGAGCCCCUUCAACAGUAUCUUCAACGAUAUGGACGAGCCUGAGCGGUUGCCAGGCCACCAGAAGGUCCUUGACCUGAUGGACCUAAACGGGCUUCAGGUCGAUGUCAGACCACCAGCUUUGAUUCCUGGGCCCCCUGGAGAGAAGGAAAAGCCCCCAAAACUCUUUGACUGUGAACCAGCCUGUUUGUCUGAGAACCUCCUGCGGCAAGAUCAGUUGGAGCCCCUGAACAUUCAGGAGCUGUCAGAAAACUUUCUGUUUCUUCAAGAGAAGAACUUGCUCAAAGACUUGCCCUCCAGCCAGGAGCAGGCAAGCAACCUGCAGGCAGAGCUGAGGGAGGCAGGUUUUCUGGAAGCUGUACUGAUGCCAUUGCAAACUAUGGGUGCCGAGCCUGGGCCGGCAGAGGUCACACUAGUAUCCUCCUUCCUGCAGGAUGGCCCCACACUGCCACGGCCAGCAUCCUCCUCAGGCCAGGCACCCCCUACCUCAAUUGAAGCAGAGGGUACACCGAGGGCCCGACCUCCGGAAGUCCCCCUGCAGCAGCCAGAUGCCCAGGCACCAUGUUUACCUGUGGGGAUCUGUGAAGACCAGCUGCCCCCAGAUGUCAGUCCCAGUCCUGAGGCCAGUAAGGAGUCCCAGGACUGGGUGCUAGCCCCGAAACCCAGCCCCGGUGAUGUUGCGCCCCCGCUUGCUGGGAAGGUGAGUAUCGGGCAAUGGAACUCACAGCCUGGGCCGCUCUCCACUGAGCUGCCCACAGGGGCCCUGGAGCAGCUGCCACAGCAGGAUGCAGCCCUGGAGGCCGGCCUGACAUCAGCCCUGUCCUCAGACUCUGCCAGCCAGGACAGUUUGCUGGAUGACAGCCUGUCGGUGCCUGGCCUCACCUCUGCCCCCACCUCCGCCUCUGAGCAGUCGGCCGACACCCCUGACUCACUAGACUCGGUGGAUGACCAUGAUGCCCCACUGGGCUCCCACAUGCCCCGGAAGCUCCAGGCUCCGGACAAGCCUGCAGACAGUGGCUACGAGACAGAGAACCUGGAAUCUCCCGAGUGGACCCUGCACCCCACUCCCGAUGUCCCCUCAGCCUCUGACGCAACCCCCGUUGUCAUCGUCAUCUCGGACAACGUGGACGGCCUUCGAGGUCCCCCUGGGACCUCUCAGACAUCCUACCGGGACUCAGCGUAUUUCUCAGACAAUGACUCUGAGCCUGAGAAGAAGCCAGAGGCAGUCCCUGGGGCCUUGGCCCUGUCUGAAUCCCAAACCCCAGAACCGACACCCGCCCCCGUGGACGCUUGCCCGGAGCCUCUAAGGAGCCCCCCAAGCCAAAACUGCGAGUCCACUUGGCCUCCUCCCAGUCCCCCAGCCAGUGUUUCUUCAGAGGCACAGCCCACCCGAGGCGAGGCUGGCAACCCCCGAGCACUGCAUUUGGACCUCAGCAGUGGCAGCAGUGGUGAUGGUGACCAUGAGCUCCUGGACACCCGACCCUGCACCCUCGCCUCCACUGGCACCAACACGGACGAGCUUCUGGCCUUGGCAGCCUCCCUUCGCCCUGACAGCCAAUCGGUGCGGGUGACUGACAAGCCCUUUGCCAGCCACAGCGAAGGUCCCAAGCUGAAGGAGCCAGACAUGGAGGGGCGCUUCCUGGGGAAGCUGGGGGUGGGUGGCACUUUGGGCCUCUCUGAGGAUGGCGUUGAUGCUGAUGAGGAGGAUGAGGAUAGCGAUGAUUCAGAUGAGGACCUUCGGGCCUUUGCUCUGCAUAGCCUCAGCUCUGAGUCAGACGACGAGCCUGAGCCCCGUGUGCCCGUGAUCCUGAGCAGCGACGACGGGCCGCCCCUGCGCAGCCUGCUGAAGCCCGAGGCCCGCCCACCACCGACCUGCAAGGACAGGAAGGCCGUGACCUUCUUCGACGAUGUCACCGUCUACCUCUUUGACCAGGAGACUCCAACCAAAGAGCUGGGGCACUGCAGUGGAGAGGCGGCCCAGGGCUCCGAGCUGAGUGGCACAUCCGCCUCCGGACCCCCCUACCUCGGCCGAUGCCUGAACUCCGAGAGCUCCACUGACGAAGAAGGAGGAGGCUUCGAGUGGGAUGACGACUUCUCCGCAGACUCGUUCUUGCCCCGGACAAGCGAGCUACUGGGCUCCCGUCCUGUGCUCCAGGCCUCCAAGUACUUCUCGCCGCCACCCCCACGCAGCGCCGAGCCCAGCUGGCCGCACCCAGCACCCUGCUCCAGGUUCUCUAUCUCCCCCGCUGACAUCGCCAGCUUCUCCCUCACACACCUCACUGACUCGGACAUGGAACAAGGAGGAAGCAGCGAAGAUGGAGAGAAGGACUAGUGGAUCCUAGCCCUUCUCUUGCCACCACCCCUUGGGUCCCAGGGCACAGUGCUCUCUGAAGCCAGCCGAGUGAGGACGCAUCGCAUGCUACCUGUGAAGAUGGAGGCGACUCUGAGGCAGAGGGAGGCAAGCAGGGAGCAACUGUGGGGGGAGCACCUGGCCAUUAGGGUGCGUGUGCGUGCAGGUUGCAGGCCAGCGUUUCCAGCUCCCCUCUGUGCACCGGGCCCAGUGAGCCAUAUUGUUCUCUUCAAAGAAAUCACUAAUUGCUUCUGUAAUUGCACUGUGGACAAAUGUUCCAGGAGUCCCUGAUAUUGUACAGAGCCCUAAAUUAUUCCAGGAAACUCUGGCCCGUCAAGCUGGUGCUAUCCACUAGUUUGAUUUCUUUUUGUUCCUUUUUUUCUGUUUCUGUUUGUUUGCUCUGCAUGGUACUUGUAAAGCUUCCAUUUGAGAGUUCUGCUGUCCUUAGAAGUUGCUGGGAGUGUACAUAAGGUACUUUUGCGUCACUGAUAAAUGAUUCUGAAUGUUCGCGUUUCAUGUUCUCACAGGAAUAGUUUUGAUGAGUCCAGAAACACUGCCUGGCUUUGUUUGGACGAGACCCGUUUCUUUCCUUAUCCGUGGUUUCUUGUCUCCCGUGAGGCUCACCUGGGGUCUUAUAGCCCCUCGUAUGAUUAUUUCACACUGGCCCCCAGUUUUCUUCCCUUUUUUUCGUUUUUGUUUUUGUUUUUAGAUCACACCCGGCAGCGCUCAGGGGUUACUCCUGG